UAAUGAUACUGCAUGUAGUUGUGAGAAAGGCUACUUGUGGGGACCUGAAAUCUGUAGUACUCAAGCAUGCUACAAUACAACAGUACAAUCAGGCUGUGACUGUAUCAAAAAUACUUCAAUGGAUGGGGUCUGUGAACCUAUUGUACCAACAACUACAACAACAACUACUACAACUACAACACCGACAACUACUACUACUAGACCAACAACCACAAGUACUACUUCUACUACUUUGACAACUACUACCACUACACCAACUACCACUACAUCAACUACUACUACACCAACUACUACUACUACGACUGCUACCACCACAACUUCAACAACUUCUGCUCCGACCAUCACCACAACAUCCCCCACUACAACCAAACCACCAACAGCAAUUGUUUUACCAAUGUCCAUAAGGAUGACUAAGGACUUUGAUCCUAAACUUUCAGACAAGUCUUCAGCAAUUUACAAGGAAUAUGAGGGUGUCUUUAAAACUGCGCUCACCAAAACUUUUGAGAGUGUUGAAGGUUUCUACAGAGUUAACAUUCUUGGAUUUACGAAUGGGAGUAUUCUUGUUAGCUAUGAAGUAAUCACUGAGCCAAGCGCAUCAUCUAAAAUCAUCACUUCUGUGGAUCAGUUGUCAAACCAUCUUAACACCAGCUUCCCAAUUGAUCAGACGCUAAUAAUUGCACCAAUUCAAGCAAAUGUUAACCUAACAUCAACAAAUGCAAGAGUUUCUGAGAGAGAUUCUUUUACUUUAACCUGCCAGCCAAAAGUUCCACUUCCUGGUUUUAAAGUAAAAUGGUUCUUUAAUAACUUUGAUAUGAACAGCGAUUCUGACUCCAAUUCGCGUACCAUGACUGCAUCAGCCACAUCAGGUGGUACCUACAGCUGUCAAUUUUAUUCAGGAAAAGCAACUACAGAUCGUGGAAACACAACAAUUAUUUUUAUCCCUUUGCCCACCGAUAUGAAAAUUUUUCCUGGGAAUUUACUGUUUUAUUGUAAUACCAGCGUAACACUGAACUGUUGCAUACCAUACGAUCCUACAACAUCCUACAAGGUUAUACUUAGAAGGAGAUCAUAUGCAUCAGAAAUCACUUAUGAAAAAAAUUCAACUGAAAAUGGACAGCAUUGCAGUACGUUUACAUUUCAAGGAAAGAGUUGCAGUGAAAUGGGAGCAGAACAGGUGGAAUGUGUAUGUACUAAUGUCAUUGGUAGAAACUACAGUAAUACUGUCUCCCUCAGUUACAUUGCAGAACAAUCUUCAAUAAAAGGUUGCAGUGAAUCAUCACUUUAUGGCAUUGGUACUGAAGGGAGAACGAUCGUACAGCCAUGUAAAGGAAAUACAGUAGGCACUAUAUUAGCUGAAUGCAUUGGCGGUGAAUGGAGAAAUGUGUCAUACAACUGUGUAUCUCUGCAGCUACAGUCAGUGCUUACCUCUGUUCAGAAUCUACAGGAUAAUCCAUUACCAUAUGACAUAAAAGUUCCAUCGCUACUGGAAAGUCUUGCAAAUCAGUCUACAAAUUUUAUAACUGAUAUACAAACAACAACGGGAAAUAUUCAGACUGUCAUUAAAAUAUUAAGCACUAUUUCUAAUGAUACCAAAAUAAGCAAUGUCAGUGAGAAAUCAAUGACUGAUGUUAUACACUCUGUAAAUGCAGUUGUUGUCAACAUUUCUAGCUGGUCAAAUGUAAACAAUCCAGAUGCAAGCUCUCAGCUACUGCAGUCUGUUGAAAGGUUUGCUGAGAAACUUUCCACAAGCAACCUGACAUUUAACAUAACAUCUUCAGCUAUUGAGUUAAGGGGCAUUAAAUUGUCCAAUAACAGUAAUCAACAGUUCUAUGCACCACUUCAGAAUGACAGUGCAACUGUAACUAUUCCUUACCAUGCUCUUAGUAAGCUUCCUUCUGGCUCACUUGUCGUUGCCAUUGGUUACAGUACAUUUGGAGACAUUUUAUUUAAUAACAGUAAUAAUAAUAAUACUAAUACCAAUAAUAACUUUUCCAUCAAUGGAAUUCUUAUCACAGUAUCAGCAGAUAAAAACUUAAGUGAAUUAGAAAUGACAUUCCAGAAAACGAAUGCAUCCUUAAAUAACUUAAAAUGUGUGUUUUGGAAUUUCUCUACAUCAAGCUGGGAAAACAAUGGUUGUAAAGGACAAAAUCAUGCAGAAAAUGUCACAUGUAUGUGUAAUCAUCUCACUUCAUUUUCAAUUCUGAUGUCAAGUAGUAUAGAUGCUAUAGCUGAGUCAGUCUCUCGUUUGUUAUUCUGGAUUACAAACAUUGGGGUUGGAAUAUCCAUGGGAAGUUUAGUCAUAUGCCUUAUCAUUGAAGGAAUUGUAUGGAAAUCUGUAACAAAGAACAAAACUUCUUACAUGCGACAUGUGUGCAUUGUCAACAUAGCUGUUUCUCUCCUGAUAGCUGACAUCUGGUUCAUAAUAGGUGCUUCUAUACCCAGUGACAAGUCAAUUCCCGAAGAGAAACUGUCUGCCUGCAAAACUGCAACCUUCUUCAUUCAAUAUUUUUACCUUUGUCUCUUUUUUUGGAUGUUUGUCAUGGGCAUGAUUCUUUUCUACCGCCUAGUGCUUAUAUUCCAUGAUAUGAGCAAGUCUACUAUGAUGGCUAUUGCUUUUGCAGUUGGAUAUGCAUGUCCAUUGCUCAUAACAGUAAUCACAAUUGCUGUUACUGAGCCCCAGAACAGUACUUACAUAAGAAAUAAUGCCUGUUGGCUUAAUUGGGAAGAAAGCAGAGCACUUCUUGCCUUUGUUAUUCCAGCACUGAUCAUCAUUGCUCUAAAUCUAAUGAUUCUGGUCGUUGUAAUAAUUCGAUUGUUGCAACCUUCUGUUGGAAACAGACCGAGGACAGAAGAAAAAAGCACACUGGUUAAAGUUGGAAGAAGUGUUGCCAUCCUAACACCGUUUUUAGGACUAACUUGGGGUUUCGGCAUUGGAACUGUUGCUGAUAGCCAAUCAGUAGCACUACAUGUGAUUUUUACUAUACUUAAUGCUUUUCAGGGUUCGAUCUUGAUCCCCAAAUAA